AUGAGUAAAUUCUAAGACGAGACGGGCUCCCCUCAAAAUUAGACCAGGUAAUACUACCAAUUCUAUGUAAAGACAGAGAAAAGCUCUGCAAAAUCUGAUCAAUCAACAAAAUAAAUCAAAAAAAAAACAGCCAUUGAGAACUCAUAUUCUCGUCGAGCAAUUAAAACCAUAGAAUUGCAUGGAGAAGUUGAAGCUAUCCAAUUUCAUAAGUUCAAAAAUAGAAAAGGAUGGAAAAAUAAUUAAAAAUUCUUUGCUCCAGGAUAUUGGUAAUAUUGAGUUAGAAAUUCAAAAAAUGACAUACGAGUAUAGGACUCCUGUCAAUAAAACUUAAAUAAUAGAUUCCAAUAAUGGCUUAUUUAAUUAAAAAGCAAGUGCUUCUUAAACAAAUAAGACGGAUGUAUCGAAGUCAGAUCAUAAUAUUUUAUUAAUGAAUAAAAAUUCAAUGUCAAACGAUAAUAUAUCGAAAUUCACUAAAGCAAAUUUACUCUCUGAGGUUUCUUACUUAAAACUAGCAGAAUCCAUGAGAAAUUAUUCAAACUAAAAAAAAUCUAUUGAAGUCAAAAUUACUGACAAACCUAAAACUAAACCUUAUAAUAUUCUAUCAACAAAACACUAAUCGGAUAUAAAUAUUAAGAGAAAACAAAAUAGUGAUACUUAGAAUUGUAUAAAGUAAAUUUAUUAAUUAUAUAUUUUAGAACUUAAAAUCCCUAAGUCAACAGGUUAUCUUAAAAUAUUUGUUCUGAAAGAUAUAAGACAAUUUAGAUUAAAUCAAUCUUAAAGUAGACUUCGUUUCAUACAUAGGAUUUUAAUUUUCUUCAAACUAAUUUGCCUGCUGACGUAAUUUAAAUUAUUAAACAAAGGUUUCAAAGCAAUAAGAUAAUGAUCAACAUAAAAUUUAGGAUAACCUUAAGGAUGAUAAUAAAUUAGAUAAGGCACUUAAAAUUUACAAUACUUUGAAGCAACUAGUUUAUAAAGGUUCUUCAUUGUAGUCCUAGGCGAAAGAAUAAAAGGAACCUAAAAAUCGAUUGGCUUAAUGA